AUGCCUAGCCGUGAUGUUGACCGCCGUACCAAAUACCGAGAGCAAGAAGUAGCACCACACGGGGAAGAGCGACGCAAGCAGCUCCAGAAGAUUUACGAGAAGAACACCACCAGAAUCUCGCAUUUGAUCUAUCAUAUUUCUUUCUUGACAGCCUUGCUCAUUGGCAGGGGAAAAGCCAAGCCUAAGAGGACCAAAAAGAAACAACCUGUUUCAGUUGGAGUUCAAGCUGGUGGUGAUGUCGCAGUGUCUCGCUUGGAUGCGUCUGUUCAAACAGAUCCAUAUGAGCCACGUCCGGUCAUAUCAGGACGUACAAUCCGAGAUCUUCAUGCCCGUGCAGAAGAGCGCGAGAAGACGCUGAACGCACUCGCGUAUGAGCUCAAGAAGGUGAUGGUGGAAAACCGUAAGUGGGCAGAGCUCGCGCAGCAGAAUCUGUUGAAGAUGGGGUCUCAACUGGGGUGA